UCAAGCCGAGAAUAUAUAAAUCGCAGGUAGGGCUGAAAUUCAAGUUAGUGCGGAUACGAUCUGAGGCUAUCGGCAACCUGCGGGAACAAGCGAUGAUGCGGGAUUUAUCAUCGUUCACGAUUUUCUUCGCGAUGGUGGUCGGAACGGCAGUAUCGAAACCAUUAUGGUCGACUUUAGUCGACGCUAAUUAUUUGUAUUCCACGCCCGGAAUCGGAAUCGGACAGCCGCAAUAUCUCGCCGCGUAUCAGAAUACGCAUUCCCCCUAUUACGUUUACAAUGUUUAUUCAAACGUGGGAGGCAUACCGAGCUCUUUUCAUGUUAGCGGCAAACCGGAAAUCUCUCACAUCCCUGCUUACAGCUUCUAUUAUGGAACACCAAUUUACGAUAUCCGGAUUCCAUUCAAUCCGGUUUAUCCCGUGCUGACACCAUCUCAGCCAGGAGUUCCUCCGGUCCUCCCACCGACAUCGACAGAACAAUCUUUCGACGAAAACGAUUACGACGGCAUCGAGAAGUUAGAUACGAAAGUUGAUCCGGACACAGACGCAAAAAAACCGGAAGAUAGCGAGCAGGAUGACGAUUCCAUAACUGUGGAAGCAAUAUGAGAUAAUUUUCCUCGUUACGUGCACAAACAUAGUAUAUAGACGUGGAAAGUUAAUUAUAACACGAUAAAUGUUCGUUUUUUUUAGUAUUACUUUUAUAUUUAUAUUGCGUUACGCUAUAUCCAACAUACGUUAAAAAAUUCUUUUUGACCAAAUUUUCAUUAAAAGAAGAGUAAUGAAAGAACCGUUACAUUUCGUACGUAAGAAUAGAGUGCGAUAUUUGUAAUAAAAACUCUAAGAUUA